UCAGACACAACUAUUUACCAUCUGUCUCUCAGGAGAAGAUCACUCACUAUAAGGAUCCAGACAAGCAACAGUUAUCCCUGAAGCUGUAGUCAGAGAGACUGUGGAUGAUGGGUUGUCUCGUGGUCACCGGGGUUCUACUUGUGAUUCUACUGUUCCAUCCUCCAGCAGCUCAGAUGGAGAGCCCAGAUACAGAUGUGGAGGCCGUGAGAUUCGAAGAGUUUUGUCUGAAAAUCUCUGAUGAUUCGCACUGUACAACUGCUGAACCAGAGCGCAGACAAACGGUUGCCAACAAGGAGGCAGCUGAGAGCACACAAGUGGCAACGUCUUCCCCGUCGGAUGACAAGGAAGGCAUCCCACCAGGCCAUGGUGAACUGGGGCCGAUAGAGAGGGAAGGGUGUCGCUGCGAGACGUGGCAGGAACACACAACUGACCGGUCUCUUGUCAGCAGCAUAGACUUCAGGUUCCCUGCAACGGACGUGUGUAACUCCACUGAGAUCAUUGAGACACUGGCAGAUGGUAGGAAGGUUUGUGUGAAUAACUAUCUCACAAGAUACCUUGCACCACUGUUUGGGCCUUCAACUGACCCAGACUGGGAAGGGACCACAACCCCCAGCCCAAACACCUCUGCAGUAUCCUUGUCCCCAACCACACAGACAGAGGAACAAAUGAGAUUGACACCACCAAGGGAAUUAGUCAUGGACUUUUUAUUUGGAGAUAGUGCACAAGCACCCCCGGGAUCCAAAGGAAGCUUUGGACAACAGGGGCAUGGUCUGCAGAGAUGCAUAUGCAUCACAAAGGAGGCCAGAAGGAUAGGAAAGUUAAUCUCUAAAAUACAGUUUAACGCACCCUCUUCACGCUGCAACGUUGUGGAGAUUAUUGCGACUCUGAAGACGUCAGGUCAAGAGGUUUGCUUGGAUGUCACUGCUCUCUGGGUACGCAAAAUCCUGGAGAAAUUAAAAGUAUAACCAGACUCCCCUUCAACACAUCCUCAUGAAUGACGCUAGGCUGAUAAUAAAGUUAUAUUUCAUGAAAGAUGUGUGCUCAGCACAGUAUUGCUUUGGCCCAACAGUUGUUAGUAAGUAGAUGUUGCUGAUUAUCAAAGCGAUAAAUGUGUCAGCAGUUUGACACUUCUUUUUUGAUAAAGAUGUUUGAUAAGUGACUAAUUCUUUCCACCCUGGCCUGUACUUGAUUUGACAGGAAAUUGAAAUGUUUUUUUGGCAUCUGAUUUCUGCUAUCUGGACAACUUAACCACUGAGAGAAAAGGGAAAUUUGCUAAUGUAAUUUGAAUUUCACAUUUUAAUGACAACUUAAACUAGUUGCAAAUAAACCGCUUACCAACCUUGA